GUAAAUAUGAGUUUCACGUUUAACUGAGAAGCGGAGUCACGAUAUAUGUGCAUAUAUUUUUUUUUCUAUCAUCGACGCAGACCCAAAGGGUUUUGGUAACAUCUAACUUGAGGAUUUAUUUUUUCCCUUGAUAAAAGAUGUCAGCGCCCCUACCUCAGAAAGGUCUUGCAGCGAUGCCCUCGCAGCAACAGCCCCACAUGCCCACCGGCGCAUCUCAAGGUCCCGGUCACCCCACCAUGCCACCCCAAGGAGCCUUAAGAGAGAUAUCUCCGGUGUUCCUCUGUCGUAUUGGACAGGAGACCGUACAAGACAUUGUCACUCGCACCAUGGAGAUCUUCCAGAUCACAAGAGCCACGCAGCUCCCCAAUGGGGUGACCCAGAGUCAGGCGAUGUACCAGGACCGUUUUGGGAAGCUCCAGGAGCACCUUCGUCAGCUGGCCCUGCUGUUCCGAAAGCUUCGGCUCCUCUAUGAACGCUGUGUGGAGAUGACCUCUGACCUUCAAGAAGGACCUGCAGAGGGGAAAACAUUUUUAGACCCCAUUUGUCCUUGCCCCGUGUCUACAGCUGAUUCCUUAUGUAGGAGAGGAGUUACCGCCUGUCAAAGUGGACCCUUGCAGUGCUGCUGUCAACCAGGAGAGACAAGAAAUUCUUGAGAAGGUGCGUCAGAAGAACCAGGAGAUGAAAAUUCUGAUGGACCAGAUGAGGAACCUGCUGUGGGAUGUAAAUGCCAUGCUCACCCUCAGGAAAUGACGUCGGUGAAGUUGGGUCCAACAUGAUAUUUUGACAGGCACACAGACUGCAAAAUGUAGCAAAGACCAAGUGGAAUAUGUUUAUUUAUAAUGGAUUGCUGAGAUUAGUCCUGACCGGAUCCAGAUCUCAUUUGCAGCCGCUCUGCUGCAUGUCAUCACUGAAACCCAAAAGUAUUUUUCAGGAAAACAUCCACCUGACAUGAUCCAGAUCUUCAAGGUGUAACCCCACUACAUUUUGGGGGAAAUUCCUCAUGAUACUGGUCUCGGCAAAGAAUCCAAACUCACCAAAAGGAGGUUUGUCCCCCCCCCCCUUUUUUUUUUUAAAGGCAGCUGACAGCCCAGCAAAUACUUUCCCUUGAAACAUGGUUGUCAAGUGCUCCUGUUUUUUUUUAAACUUAGGAAUAUUCAAAUAAGUCAUGAAAUCUUGUUAUGAUACUGCUCAUGUUAUGCGUUAAAACCUGUAAUGCUCGGGGUGAAAAUGCUUGUAUCUUAGCAUUGUUUUCAUGGUGCUUUGCCCUCAAGUGCUGACUGGGGGACCAGAUGGAUUCAGAAUUCAUUGCACUUAAAUCUUCCAGAAGCUGGUCUGAUGACAUUGCGAACAAAAGAAACAAUUGCCCCUGUGAUCCUUUGAGCAUUGUACACACACUAUUCUCAUGGGUUCAGAAUUCAAAUUAGCCCCUUGGCAGCUAUGAAUCUCAGGUGUUGGGUUUUUUUUUUUUUGUAAAUGCGUGCGUGUGUGUGCGCGUGCGUGUGUAUGUUCUUGCGCAUGUAUGUUUAAUGAGAUUAGUUUCCCCAUGUGCGAGACAACACACCUGUUUACCUUCAGGGCAUUGAGACUUGCUUGCCGCUAAAUUUUAUUUUUGUAAACUGCAUGAUAAUUUACUGGGCUCUUUAUAUGUACAAAAUAAAUAAACUCCUUUCUAAGGAAAUAUUGGAAUGUGGUAAAAACUGUUAAGUGCUUCUCCCAAAUCGCACAUUAUAAAAAUUAGUUGCAAGCUAUA